AGAGAGUAUGGCUGCGUACAGUUUCACGGAAUGACUUCGUCGGUGAAAAUGAAUAAUUAUUUAAUAUUCAAGUGAAUAAUAAUCAUUUUAAAUAUUUCUGUUAGCAUGGAAUUGGGCUUAUCCAACACACUAUUAGCGGGUGAUCCACGAUUAGUGGAUCACAUUGUAGGAGAAGUUAAAUCUCAAGGGAUCUUUGAUCAGUUUCGUAAAGAAUGUAUCGCUGAUGUUGAUACGAAGCCAGCAUAUCAGAAUUUACGUACAAGAGUUGAAGGAUCUGUGAAUUCGUUCCUUAGUAAACAAUCAUGGAAACCAGAUUUAAACAAAAAUCAGUUGAGAGAAACUCUACGGAAACAUAUACACGAUGCUCCUUACUUAGAUGCUGGUGUAGAGCGUAUAGUGGAUCAAGUUGUAAAUCCAAAAGUAUAUUCUGUGUUUAUGCCGCAAAUUGAAGAUGUAGUAUACAAAUUUCUAGGCAUAGAAAGACCUAAGGCAAAAGAAAAAAAUGGUGCAUGUGGCCUUAAAGAUUUAUUACCUAAGGAUUUAGAUCCUGUUUCACCAGAGUCUGACAAAAAUAGUUUAAAAGAUGUGUCUUUGGAAUCCGUGGAUGCAAUAGAAAGUUUAGAUGUGAGAAAAGAUGAAAAAUUAUUUAAUGAACAAAAGUCGCAAGAGGAAGAAGUGUCGAAUGAGAAGAAUAAAGAUAAUAUUUCAGAGAAUGGACAAAUUUUUUCGGAAGAAAAGGUGUUAGAUGAAAAUGAAAAAACUUUUAAUAAGACUGGUAGUAAUUUAAAUUUAAAUACCUCUGGGAAAUCGGAUGACAAAACAGAAGAAGAUGAAGAAGACAGUCCUACUUUUGAACCAAUUGAUAUAAUGAAUUUAAAUGAGUCUAACAUUUCCAAUGAUUCACAUUUAUCAGGAAUAUCAGAAUUAACUAGCCAUAGAUCUAGAAGUCCUGAUUUUUGCAACGAAUUAUCGAGGGACAACUUUGAGUACAGCAACCAAGACUCACAGUUGAGCAAAGUUUCUUCAGACUCUCGAUUAUCGAUUGUAACAGAUUUUGGAUCUUCAAAUCAUGCAUCAACACCAAUUCAGGAUUCUUUAAAAGAUGAAGUCAAUAAAGAUAAAUGUGAUGUUAGAAAUAUUAAAGACAAUUUUAAAGCUGUCAGAGAAUACGAGUCUAGUAAAAAUAAAGGUACCAAAAGUAUUUUUGAAUUAAAUAAAAAUAAAGAUGGGCAAGAUACUAAAGAUUCUAAAAAUAUUAAAAACAAUUUAUCGUCUAAAGAAAACUCGCGUGAUGCUACAGAUAGCAGUACAAAAGACAAAUAUGAACAUAAAAAUAACAAGGAUAAAAACAAAGAUAGUGAAUCGAAAUCAAAACCCAGAGAUAAAAAUCAUAUAAAAGAUGACAAGCAUCAUAAAGAGAGGAGUAGCGGUAAAAAGCAUAGAAGCCACAGCAGCUCAAAGUCUGAUAAAUAUGAUAAAAAUAAAUCUAAAGAAAAAAAUGAUCAGUCAAGAGAGAAUGUAGAUAAAAGUAAAGAUACAGAGAAAGAUAAUUACACGACAACAAAAGAAGAUAAAACAAAAGAAACGGAUAAAAAAGAUAAUAUUAGCAAAGAGGGAAAAGAUUUAAAAGAUCUUUACAAAGAAAAAAUUAGAGAACUUAGAGAAAAGAAAGAACUUACAGAAAAAGAAAAAUUAAAUAAGGACAACAAAGAAACGAAAUCAAAUAAAGAGAAUAAAGAUAGAAAAGAUUCUCCAAAAGAUAAGAAAUCUUAUAAAAAAGAUCAUAAAAGUUCUUCCAAAAAUUCUUCGUCAAGUUCUCAUGAAAUUAAAACGGCUAAGACAUCAGAAAAAAUUGUGGAUGGAAAAGAAAAGAAGAGUGAUUCAAAAGAUAAAGAUAAAAGUAAACGAGACGAAAGACGUAGUUCUAAAGAUUACAUAAAAUCUAAAAAUCAUGUUAGCAUUAAGUCGGAUGGUACCGAAAAGUUAGAAAAACAGGAUACAAAAAAAGUAGUUAAAAAUGAGAAAGAUGAAAAAACUGAAAAAUCUGAGGUAAGAAAAGAAAUUAAAUCAAAUAGUGAAAAACUAAAUUGUAAAAAAGAUGCCAAAAAUUAUGUGCAAAACAAAAAUUUAACUCGAAACGACAAAUUAGAUAAUAAGAAGGACGUUAAAAGUGAUCCACAGGACAAGGAUAAAAAACGAAGAGAAGAGAAAAAAUCCAAAUCAAAGGAUGAUCAUUCAAGUUUAAGAAGAAAUUCUAAUGACCGGCGUUCUACAGAUAGGGAUGGUUCAAAUGGAUCAAGCAGUAAAAGCUCACAGUUCAGUAGUAAUUCAGGUUCCAACAACACAAACAAUAAAUCAAAUACAUCUACUUUCUCAAAGGAAACAAAUCAUGUGAGUAAUUCUGGUAGUGAAAUAUCAGACAGUAUCGAUGAAGUAUGUACAAGUGCAUUAAAAUUAUCACCAGAGCAGUCAAAUUAUAAAUUGGACAAAGUUACAGAAUUUUACACAGAGUACAAAACAGAUGAUAGUAGUAAUUAUGAGGUACAUACUAAACAGGAUUCUGAACUGAAUGACGGUAACUUACCUUUAAAGAAACGAGCAUUAUUUGGAGAAGAUAAUAGUGCUUUAGGAGAAGUGAAAGUGAAGAAACCAAAAUUUGCAAAAAACAUACAUGAAGCUAAAAAAUUGAUGAAGAUUAGGAAACAAAUAGAAAAACAAAAGCUUAAAGAACACAAAAAAUUAGAGAAAAAGAUUCAACAGAAGGUACAAACAGUACAACCGAGUACAGGAAAUAAUGAUAAUUUUGAAAGUAUGCCAGAUGAAGAACGCGUUCAAAUAAUAGAAAUACCAGACGAGGAAUAUGAAGAACCGUAUCCCGAGAAACAUACAAAUUUAACAUUAGAAGAAAGAUCAAUUAUGAUGUUACAAAGAGAAGCAGGUACAAAGGAUUUAUUAGGAACACAUUCUGAUUUAAAAUUAAAAUUAACAGACAUGGAAUUGUGUAUACAACAAUCCUUGGGUGAAACACUUCCUAAUAAAAAAUUAGAAAACGUAUCUUCACAAGAGACAAAUUCUAAGACUCAAGCAACACUUACUGACAAUAAGGGAAAUGAAGAAUUAUCAGAUAAAGACUCAUUGUCUUCUAUAAUACUAGGAACUAGUUGCAAUGUAAUAAAAGAAGAAAAAGUAAGUGAUUCUCCAAGCAUAUGUUCAGAAAAAGAAACAAAACAAGAAACUAGCAUUUCUAAUUUAGAAGAAAAAUUAAUACCUGAAAAAUCAGACCCUUUUGAUAUUGAUACCAAUAAAAAUAACAGAAAUGAGAUAUCAGAACAAGACUCAACAGAUAGUGUAGACAAUGUAAAUUAUAUAAAAAUUGAUAAAAGUAUAGAAAUACCUACAACGUCGAAAUCUAGGGAUGAAGACGUUUCUCAGGAUAUCCCAAAUAACAGUUUUUCUAAAUUAAAUGAAGGUAUUAAUGAAUCAGAUAAUAUCAGGAGGAUUAAGGAGGACAAUGAAUCUUGGGCUGCAGAAUCUACAUCAACAGUAGCUGAGGAUAAUGAAGAGUGUCGCUAUUUCAAAGCUGAUAAUGAAAAGUCGGAAAAAUUCUCUAAUUUUCUAGAAUCACUGGAAUUAGUAAAAAAUAGUUCUUUAGAGGACAUUAUAGAAAGUUUAGGAGGGCAAGUUGUAUCAUCAAUGCCUAAAACAAUGGCACCUCCUUUACCCAAACGCAAACAUUCUUCUAGCCCAUUAACAGAUAUAUUGUUAAAUAAUUCAAAUAAUAAUAAUGAUGGUCAUAAGAAAGCAUUGAAUUUACCUACUGAAGAUGCAUUAAAUAAUAUAAAAAAAAGAAAACUUGUUGUACACAAAAAGCAAAGACUUCAAUCUAAUGUAUGUGCUCCACAAGGAUUUUUAAAUGGAGAAAAUUUUGUUAUGCCCCUAAGUCCAGAAAGUGAUGUGUCUGCAACUAGUGAAAAAAUACCGUCAUCAAAUCUAAUUAAAGAAGACAAAGGCCGGCAUAGAAGCAGUCAACGUUACUCAAGUGAUGAUUUAUACAAACCACGUCCAUUAUUUUCAAGUUCUUCUCGCAGAAGUAGGAGAUCUAAUCAGUAAGGAGAAUGGAUGUUAAAACCAAUUACUCUGUGAUGUUAAAAGAAGAUAAGCAAUAGCUUCUACAAGUUUCUUUAAAAGAUUAUGAAACAAUAGUAGCAAGAGAAUUGCGGUGCAGAAGAGUCAUUCAUUUUUGCCAUGUUAAUAAUUGCGCAUCACAUCACUUUUUACUUAAUACUUAAAAUUGUAAUAUUAAAUUUUUACAAGGAUGUUACAUUUGUUAAUAAGCGUGUUCUUUAUUCUGUACAUGUAUAAGUUUGUAUAAAUAUGUAUAUAAAACUGGA